AUGAUGUUGGAAGCUAGGGAUAAUAUAGAACAGGAAAUCUGGUGGGAGCCUAAGAUUGGAAGUUCAAACAUUUGGUUUGAUAAUUGGACUAAACUAGGUGCUCUUAGUUAUGUGGUUCCACAGUCCUGGCAAAUCAAUGAGCAGGCUGAAGAUGUUUCUGAACUUAUGACAGAUGGAAGAUGGAAUAUCAGCAAACUCAUGCAGCUUUUUCCUGAAGAUAUUGUGCAGCAUAUAAUACAGGAAAUUGACAUUAAAUAUGCAUCAAAUGAAUGGGAUAGACCUUGGUGGAUGAUGACAAGUUCAGGCAAAUUUACAUUUAAAGUCCCAAUUGAUGAGGUGGUGGCAAGUAUUGGCAUUCCUUUAGUUUCAAAGUGUUGUUGCUGUCAUAAUGCUCAGAUGGAGACAAUGAAUCAUCUAUUUCUGUGUGGAGAUUUGGCUACAAAGGUAAAACAUGCUAUAAGAAGUUGGUGGGAAGCAAAAUGCCACUUCAAAAUGAAAUCCAUAUUUAAAGCAGUGCCUGCUUUUGUUGUAUGGCAAAUAUGGAAGUGGAGAAACAAUAGGCUUCAUGGUGGUACAAUGAAUCUGAAUAUAGUGCUAUAUGAUAUAAACAUGAAUAUUCAUAUGUUGUGUAAAAUUCAGUUUCCUGGGCUGAAUAUUCCAACUACUUGGCAGCACAUUGUUCAGUUCUUUGAAGAAUAUAAGCCUACUGUUAUAUGCAGACUUAUUAAAUGGAGGAGACCUGUAUCUGGUGUUUUCAAGUGUAAUACUGAUGGAGCUGCUAAAGGAAAUCCAGGUCCAAGUUCUGCAGCUUUUUGUAUAAGAAAUGAUGUGGGAGACUUGGUGUAUGCAGCUGCAAAAACUUUGACAGAUGGAACAAAUAUUGUGGCUGAGGCUGAGGCUAUUAGGAUGGGAAUGAGGUAUUGUGUGGAAAAACAUCUUUUCCCAUUGAUCAUAGAGACUGAUUCCAUGUCUAUGAAGAUGAUUUUAAAGGAAGAAUGGAAGGUCCCUUGGAGCAUCUCAAUACUGGUGGAUGAUAUCAAGAGAAUGAUGGAGGAUCAAACAGUAGCUGUGGAGCAUAUACAUAGAGAGGGCAAUGGGCUGGCAGAUUUUUUAACUAACUUGGUUUUUAAUUUUGCAGGUACACUUCAGUUUCAUAGUUUUCAAGAAUUACCAAGUCAAGCCAAGAGGAUUCUGAACAUAGACAAGAGAGAAAUCCCAAAUUUGAGAAUAAGAACCAUCCAAGAUAAAGCACCAGACUGA